AUGAUUAUAGAUGGUGAGGUGGUGGUACAACUGGAGAAGGAGGAUGUGGAAAGGGAGACGGAGAAAUGGCGGUGUGCACUAAUUGUUUACAUAAUAGGUGAGUGUCCUGGCUAUAACACCAUGAACAGAUUUAUCUCCCAAACUUGGAAUAACAUAACUGAACCUACUGUCUAUCUACAUGAGGAGGGAUACUUUAUUGUCAAAUUCCAAACAAUUGAGAAGAUGCGUGAAAUUUUGUAUGCUGGACCUUACACCAUCAAUUACAGGCCAUUGAUUUUGAAACCCUGGACGCCGGAUUUUAACUUCUCUGAGGAAUUCCCUACUGAAAUUCCUCUAUGGGUCAAAUUGCCACAAUUGCCAAUGAAUUGUUGGGGUUCAAACUCACUUAGUCGAAUUUCUAGCUCUAUUGGAACACCUAUCUAUGCAGAUGAGUGUACGGCAAAGCAGACAAGGGUCUCAUUUGCACGAAUGCUUAUUGAAAUAAACAUCACCAAACCCUUACCUGAUGAGAUUAAAGUGCUCGAUCCAAAUGGGAAACUGUUUACCCAACCUGUGACAUAUGAUUGGCGACCUCUAUAUUGCGAAGUGUGCCAGUCCAUUGGGCAUAAAUGUUCACCAGUAACAGCUCCUGCUGCUCAAGCACGACCACGAAGGAGGGCUACUAGAAGGGGACCAAAGCUAAUUCAGGCCUGGGUAUCCAAAGAACCAAACCAAGCACAAGAAGGGCAGCAAGUAACAAACCCAAGGGACCAACCAACUCAGGUACUGCACUCAUACCAGAGCAAUCACUAG